UCGGCCGAUUUCAGUCUACUGACCCCAAUUAGGGGGAUGUGGCCUUGAGGUUUGUACUGGUAGUUCGGACCAUAGGGUCGGGGGGUUCGAAUCCAGCUGGUGGCAGCAUGAGUGAUAUUGUCAAGUCACUCUACCCCUACGUGCCUCUCUCCAGGAGUAAAUGGGUACCUGUGAUGACAGAUAGAGUUAUGUUUAGCCAUUUGCGCCGGGUAUGGCAGCAUCGGGCUAGUGUAAUACUUCUGAGGCCUGGAGUUUUCUGUCUGAUCUGCAGAGACCGCCCUUUAAUUGAAGAGUGCACCUUUAAGGUCACGCACGUGAGAACACCUGAUCUUAACAUGAGCCUUACUACAAGUUUAUCUGUAAUCUGUCUCUGGAAACAAUUGUGCUUGGUUUCGAUACGAGCAGAUGUGUAUUUUUUUUCACCUGGUGACGACAUUAUGACGUUAUUAUGAUGUCACACUUGUUUAGACAUGGGGAUCAGGAUGUUAUGUUUCCAGUUUGUACGGUAGGCCCUAUAUGGAGAAACUCCACAGAAGAUUAUGGUCCAAAAAAGGAAGAAAGAUGGACCGCUACAAACCCGAUAGAAUGGCCGAUGACUUAAUAAAUUUAAAUUUUUGGGCGGUGCAUUAAAUAAUUCAACCAAGGAGGAAUGAUUACGCGAACGUUUGUCACGGGUAAUCGCUUUUGCAUGAGCAAAGAAUGGCCGCUAUAUUAAGCCUUUUCAAAUCCUCUUAAUUGACGCGCUCAAGGCAGGACACAUAUUUGCUUUCCUCAAUCUUUGCCGACAUCAAGAAACUUAAAGGGUUGAAGAAACUUUUGCUGUGGAUUCCAAAUUACAUAGAUACGAUGUACAGGGAUACCUCAUGACGUAAUGCAAUGACACAGGAAAAAAAGAUUAGACGAGCUAUGUCCGGCUCAAUUGGCUGUGGCCGAGAGACACAUCAUAUGGGUAUGGCUGUAGCCGCUAUGCAGUGGCUUCUACCGGCCUCUAGCCGCAGCCAUAGCUUUCGGACACCGUCUGUAAUGUGGUUCCUUUAUCGUGCAUCAUACACUCAAACCCGUCAUUGAAAUGCACAAAUAUGGACGACACCUAUGAUGCCGACGAAGAUGAUUCAUGAAAUGUUGACAUACGCCCUCAAUCCACACAACAUGGUUACUCUCUGAGCCUUGCUUAAUUGGCCAAUAUCCUAUUCAAGAAAAAUUAUUCAGGCAAGCGCAAGAACAAACAAAAACCAAGAACUAAAAAAAACCUUCUAUAUCCUGUGAUUGUACGUACUUAGAGUAAUAUUCAAACGAAAGUUGACGAUUCAUGGGUCUUAAUUGUAUAGUGUAUGCUAAGCCCAAAGGCGGGGCUGGGCGAAGCGGGGGGGGUGUUUUUUAACCUCUCCUGUGGUAGGUUCACCGAACUUUAGGCUUCCCGGCUUAGAGGCGCUGACGAUGCUUCUCUCCGUUGGCUAUGUCCUUGCGUAUAUGGUAUUAGUGGGAGCAUACGCCGUUUGUGCAUGUUAUAUGCUUAAGUAAACAUGGCCGUCUUUGAGAUGCUGUCACGAGGCAACAGCAGAGGAUUAGGCGGUCAAGAAACUUUUGUUAGCGGCCCCACCUCUGGCAUAAAUGCCUGGCGUAUGCACACACACGUAGGUACCCAUCGUGGAGACGUCACUGGGUCGUACAUGACUUGUAUACACCUAAGGCAGCUCAGGAAGUGGCCUCAUACCACUUGGUGGAGGACUUGACGUCCGUUUUAAGUCCAGCAGAAUUCUCGAACAUGUCGGCCACGGCAGAGAAAAGUAAGCAUCGUGCCGAGCAUUUCCAUCAAUCUCAGGAAGCGAAAUUGGGAGUGAGCACUACGUAUGCCACAAUUCUUACCAAGUACUGGUACGUGAUAUGCAUCAUUGUCUUCUCUAUGAUGGCAGCCUACGGGACAAUUGCGUUCACCCUCUAUCCACUACCAGACUUCUCCGAUCCAGUCAAGGGUUUUGAUGCUCGAGGUACUGUUAUUGCUGCUCGACUUCGAAGCCUCACCAAUAUGUUUUAUCACUCUGACGACUACCUCAGCCAGCAAGUUGUAAAUCCUGGAGCACUAAGCGAUAGCACUGUGGCAGGAUCCCAAAUUAUCUGCUCCUACCCUGACCAACAGUCGACAGUUGAGAACUCUCAGGAACCGAUCUGGUUCGCUGCUUCGCUGUGGGACUGGGAUGAGAGCGUCGCCAAGGUGAUAUUUGAAGGAGUCGACGGACGAGACAUGCUCUCUGCAGCAAGUCUUAAGUCAGUUUGCUUUGCAGAAACCAACCUCAUCGCGUCUCAUCCCAUGUACCAGUCGAACUGCCUCUGCCAUGAUGCUGGACGGUGUUCAAGCACUUGGUCUCUUGGAAACUAUGUCGCUUUACUCUCAAAUAAAACCUCGUGCCAGGAUAUCACCGACAGUGACACCGAGAAAGUCUCGAUGUUACUGAAACAGUGCGCGCCGUUCUUUUAUAACCGUACUCGGUCAGAUUUACAAAACUCCAACGACCUUUUGGCAAUACCGACAGAGUGCGCCCAAUACGACUACGCCCUCCACACUAUGCUGUUUUUUCUUCUCCCGUCGGAUUUCAUCGAAAGCAUCUUGAGGAACAAGUCGGCCACAGCAGCCGUGGCGGCCGUGUUCUUUCCUCUGCGGACAUACGAGGAAUCCACCCUCGAAGCCAUCUACACAGACAACUUGCAGAGCUGCUCGUGUUCUGACGGCAUCACAGAGCUCAAGGCAGUCGACUUCUCUCUCAAGUUCACCUUGUUUUCAAGUCUCCUCCUGGCCGACUCAAUCUUCCUAGGCAUUGGCAUCACGGUGAUAUUUGUUCUCAUCUGGAUCUACACUGGUUCCCUAGUUGUCACCAUAUCAGCGCUACUCAACAUCGUGUUCUCUCUCAUGAUGGCCUACUUUUUCUUCACUGUGGUGUUUGCUAGGCCCUUCUUCCCGUUCAGCAACGUCCUGGCCGCGGUCCUUAUCAUCGGCAUAGGGGCAGACGAUGCCUUCGUCUUCAUUGAUCUCUGGAAGAAAUGCAAGUUGGAGACUGGAGGAGAGGAUCUCGUGUCGCUCACCCGCGAAACAUUGCGCCAUGCUACGACCACGAUGUUCGUGACAAGCUUUACCACAGCAGCUGCGCUGUACGCGAGCGUCAUCUCAGAUAUCACGGCCGUCAAGUGCUUUGGGGUGUUCGCUGGCACGGCCAUCUUGAUGAAUCUGGUCCUAACUAUCACCCUGACUCCAGCAAUCGUUGUUCUUGACCACAAACUAAAACGUCAGACCUGUCGAGGGACAUCCAAGGGCACAGCGAAAUCCAGUAACCAUGCCGAGCGCUCCGAGGAUGGCCAUUCUUGUAGACAGCGACUGAUCAAAAUCCUGAGGGGUUUCUUUGGGAACACGCUACCGUCCUUCGUCCUGAGGCUCCGGUAUAUCUGGAUCGUCGUCUUCUUCCUCCUCGGAGCAGGCGGAGCGGUGGUCGUGUUCUACCGGCCCGGCGUUCAACUACCAAGCGUUGCAGAAAAUCAGUUUCUGAUCCUCACCCAUCGUUUUGAACAGUAUGACUUUAUCUAUAAAGAUCAGUUUGCCUUCUCGCAAAAGAACAGACCGUAUGUUCCGGGUUACAUUGUGUGGGGUAUGGAAGCUGUUGAUAAUGGCAACAUUUGGGAUCCUGAUGAUUCCGGUACAUUUAGUCCCCAAGAAGACUUCAAAUUCUCUAGUCAAUCUGAUCAGGAGUGGCUCCUGGACUUCUGCCGAGAUCUGAAGAAUCAGACGUUCUUUAAAUCGGAUGGUCCCUUUGACUGUUUAGUCGAAACUAUGAAAUCACUCAUGGAGCAACCGUGUGUGGUCGAUCCCGUGACGGGCCAAGAUGCAUCGCCGUGCUGCAGACAAUCUUCGUUUCCAUACCCGUCCUCUACCUUUGAUAUUUGUUUGAGACGUUUCCAUAGCGCCGGUUACGUCCCUAGUGUUAGAUUCAGCAAGAACAAUUCCUCCCUCGGUGUCAUCACUGUUCCUUUCACAAUGUCCUACAAGCAGACUUUGUCUUAUGCCACAAACGAGGAACUUUGGACCCUGGCCAGCACCUGGGUGGAUUCAAAAGUUGAGUCUGCACCAUUGCAUCUGCAACAUGGCUGGUUCGUGCCAUAUACCACGGACAUCGGCUUCUACGAUCUCCAGAAAAGCUUGGCCUCGGGCACGGUGUUUUCCAUGCUGGUCACCCUGGGCAUAGGAUCUGUAAUCCUGCUUCUGUCCAUUCAGAAUAUCAUCUUGACUAUAAACGCGGUGCUGACUAUCACCAGCACAGUCUUUGUCACUGUCGCCAUUUUGGUGCUACUCGGUUGGGAGUUGAAUAUUGUAGAGUCUACAGUGGUCACGCUCUCUGUGGGUUUAUCGGUUGACUUCACCAUCCACUAUGGCGUCGCGUACAGACUUGCUCCGCACCAGGAUCGCAAGAGUCGAAGCAAGUAUUCCCUGGCCACCAUGUCGGGUGCCAUUUCCAUAGCAGCGUUCUCUACUUUCAUCGCUGGUGCCCUAGUCAUGCCCGCCACGGUGUACGGCUACACGCAGUUCGGUAUCUUCCUCAUGAUAGUGAUGCUGAUUAGUUGGACUCACAGCACUUUCUUCUUCCAGUCUCUUUGUUUUACUCUCGGCCCUCAGAGCACAGUCGGUAACAUCCCCUGCUCCUCGUGCUGUGACUGCUUUGGGUACAACAACAAAACAGCGAUUCCAGACCCUGAAAGUGUUAAACAAACUCACGAAGCUCUUGCAAAGUCGGCAUCUCAUUCCCAAAAUGUCAGCACCAUAAGCAGCGGUCGGUUUCAACCCAUUUACUUUCCCGAUCAGCAUUCUUUCCUUCGACCGGAUGCGAACCGUGGAGGCUUGGGAAGGAAAUCCAGCAUCUCCAGUGGUUACACACAGGUGGGGAGAGCGAGGCUUUCGCUAGCAUCAAAUCAACUCAGAAGUCCCUCGAUUCACUCAGAAAACUACCCGUUAGUCCCGUACCCGCAGCGGUACUUGAUAGACACUAAUGAUAAUCGUAUAAGCUCUCCUAGGGUACAUUACAACCCAGUUUUUGAUGUACGUUAGAUGAAUUUAUCUUCAUGGACAAAACUGUUCUCCAUUAGUAAAGUAUCUGUCUAAAACUUGGGUUUCAAACCCACAUUGACUGCUGGCUUUACAAAGUUGCUAUCAGUCUAGCUGAUGUGCGUCCUUUAUUUCCUGUCCUCCUUGUAUUUAACUUUGUGAUAUUUGCUUAGCACCCAGUGUUGCUUGUUUGCCUUUUGUGGGUUUUUUUGUUGAGAUAAAUUCCAUUUGCAUUGGUAUAAUUUUCAAAAUUUCUCUUGCACUUUUGAACAAGUCUGUAAAUCUAAAAAUUGAUAACUUUUUGAUUUCCUUUUAGAAACACUCUGUAUUCGAUGAAAAAUAUACUCGAAAAAAUGCCAAAUAUUUAUGCAGAUUUUUGAAGUCUCAUUUUACAUUCUGACUCAAUCGUGGAAGUAGUAAAACUUAGGAAAGAGAUGUAUACUAUUCCCUUUAUGUUCAGGAAUAACAUCAUGUAGAGGACAUCUUUAUGACUGAUAUGCUUUCUUUGAUUGAUAUGUAUCCAUCUUAAUAAAGCGAAUUAAAUUCUGUUUUGCAAUGGAUUUUGUGUUUAUUAAUUUGGCUCUUAUUUCUAGUGGGUCUGUCAGCUUUUGCCCCAUUA